AUGUGUGUAUGGGUGUCCCUGUGUAUUAAGAAGGUCACUUGGGAGAAGAGUGUGUAGGAGUGUGGCCUGCUACACAAUACAGCACACUUAAACACACACAUAGGAUCUCCUUUUACUUACACACACAAACACACACACACGCCAAGGAGACCUCCCUUUCACAUGGAGGAAGGCAUGGCAUUGUCAGAAGCUCACAUGGAGGAACUGGUGGAGAACUCUGGAUCCAUGGCUGGUGAAGCUGGAGGAUCACGGCUGAGACAGCAGUACCACAGUGAUGUCCUGCUAGCACCUGAAGCAGACUUCAUAGUAGAUGACCAUGUCUCAGCUCACAGUGGCAUGGAGGUGGCAGACAGGCUCACAUACCUGGAGCAGCGCAUCCAGAUGCAGGAGGACGAGAUCCAACUGUUAAAGAUGGCACUAGCAGACGUUCUGAAGAGACUUAACAUCUCUGAGGAACAGACUGCUGCACUCAGCAAGAAAGGACCUGUUAAAGCAGCUAGGCCUGCCUCUCUGGCCCUGUCUUCCAGAACAUCAAGCAAUGCUGCAUCUUCACUGAGGAAGAGCUCCAGCUCCACACUGCCCUCUACCACACCCACUAGAAGCCCAGCAAGCAGUGUGAAAGACAGUCCGAGUGGACCACCAGGCAGACGCACUCCCGUCUCCAUCACCACAACCACCUACAGGAAGCAGCAAGACAGCAAACCAAAGGAGGCCAAUGUCAGCACUGUAGGAACCCGUCGUGUUACUCACUGCAAAGUGACUAUGCAGAUCUUUCUGAGCCCCCUUCCAAAAAGGACUGGGUCUACUAAGAUGGCAGUGGACACAGCCAUGCAGCCCAGUGCAUAUCCACCUGCUAGCGGACCACCUCCGGAAAAAGUAGUAAACUUGGAGAGGAUUAAAGCAGGAGCAGGAAAGAGCUCUACUGUGAUCAUCCCCCUGCAGCAGAAGAGCCCCUGCCAAAGCCCUUUCUCACCCAGCAAUACUCCCUCUUACAAAAACCCCAUCAAGUCACCCAGCCAGUACUUCCAGAUCUGCUACUAAAGACUAAAAACUGGUAGUGCAGAUGCUAACAGAAGCAGCAUGGUUUACUAUUGUUAAUGAGUGGCAAAUUAGUUGUUUGCUGAUUGUUUGUGAAUGACAUAUAUUCAGAUUUUUUGGAUGAAAGUCAAUAGAAUUUGAGUAUUUUGAUUUAUACAGUAGGUAGGUUUUUUUUUUUUAGAAUAUACGUUUCUAUUUUUGACAGCCAUGUUUACUUGUCUCAUGCUAAUUUGACGCAAAUCAAAUAUUUUCUUUGUCUUUUUGUCUGUGCGCUUCUGCUCCAUAGGCAUGUCUGUAAAAAAUACUUUUGACAUAAAAUGGUUGUAUGGCUCAGUUUGCUUUAUAAAUCAUAAAAAUCUGUUUUAUGACAAGCAAAUGUUCAUCAUUGUAAAACAAUUACAACACUAACAUGCAUUCUCACUAAGCAAGGGUAGAAAUUACAUAAUUUAUGAUCCAGGGACCAGCCCUACACUCCAGCCCGAUACAAAACACAUUAUUCCUAGUGCUAGGGAUUAUUUGUCCUUUUUGAUGCUAUAUAGACCAGUCUUAUAAUAUAAUAUAAUACUUUUACACUUGCACAAUUACAUUUUCUAUUAGACCUUACAAGUGGAUCAUUACAAAUGACAAUUUUUCUGAAGAUGUUGCUGUGUUAGAUAUGCAUUUGUUGAGUUGCUUUAUUUUUUUACAGUCCAGUACCUUGUUUACACCUGGUCACUUCAUGUGACUAGUAUCUGUAUUCUGAUAUAUAUUUUUUUUGCAUUUAUAAUUGGUAGUCAAAUGCAUUAGAGAACCAUACUGAAAUCUGACUGCAGCAUGAGACAAUUGUUAUUAGUGUUUCAGUUGUACAGAUAGGGGUUUUGGUUGUUGAUUGCAUCUGGGUAACAUGACGUUCAAAUGCAUCUCAGACCAUGGGGGUUGAGUAAUUGAAUUUGUAUCUGUUUUCAGUCUAUGAUGCAUGUUCACUUGUAUUUUUAAUUGGCUUGGCCAUAUCCAGAUAUACUAUAUUGCCAAAAGCAAAUAUUUUGGUAAUAUAAAGUAUAUUCCUUUUCAUGCAGUCAAUGGGUGUAAACGGGGUCAGCGUGUUCACAAACAGUCAGUGCAAACAAUAUUUCAAGAACAAAGACAAAAUAAACAGGGGACAUGCAAGACUAAGGCAUGCACAAGUUUACAAAGAGUAAUUGUUAUAAAGAGUUAAUAAAUCUGGAAACAAUUUAAUGAGAAAACAGCAUGUCUUUAUCUCAUUUUAUAACAUGCAUAUUGUCCUAUGACAUCUAAGGUAAAUCAUGUCACAGAGGAUUUAUAAAUGUAUUCUUCACAUGACUGCCACCUGCUGGCCCUAAACAUAAAUGCUCCUAAACUGGCCUGCGAUUGGAAAGAGCAAGGUCACAUUUUGUAGACUUUGGUCUGGAUACCUUUGGAAAAAGUUCAUAAGUUAGUAACUCUUUUACACCGGUCUUAAAGGUUUUACACUGGUUUUACACUUUUAAAUAAUGAUAAAUUGAGACUUUAAACCCUUGUGACAUUAAGUGACAGUCUAACAGUGUUGACACGCCAAGGCAUAAAAUUACACUUUAUACCUAUAUACAGAACUACGCAAAUUCUGUAUGUGUACAGCCUUCUCUGUUAUUCAGUUUAAGCAGCAAUGGUAAUUUCAAUUUUGUAAUCUUGUAUAUUGCAUCAGGAAGAAAAAAAACAUUUGACAUCACAUCAAAUUGAGGAGUCAUUAAAUUAGGCGUGUAUACAGUGUAGUGGGUUCUUUAAAGGUAUUUGGAGGCUGAUGCUCACAUUAUGGGCACUAUAAUAAAA